AUUAAUAAACAAUGAGGAAUAAGUUUUCAGUGGUAUUUUUAUUAGGGCGGAACCUCUUGUUUCCCUCGUCGUUUCAGGUGAACUGAAAACAAGGACGGACGUCAACACUGGUCACAUCAGCCGGCAAAACUUUCUUUGUAGCUAGACUUCAGCUUUACUCGUGUCUCUCAUAGAUUUUAGGGAUGUUUCGUCCAACCUUAAAGUCGUGUGUUGUGUUAACGAAGGUCCGUGCACGCGUGCGGCAAUGUACGCUUUUUAGGUUUCACUUUCAUUUCAUAACGCGACAGUGGAGCACUUUUUUUAUUGCUGAGGGGAGAAAACACUUUGUUGUGGAUUUAGAGGAACAUUGGAAACAAGAGAAGAGGGUGUGAGGAGAGGACAGAAGGGUGGACAGAGGACAGAGGGAUGGACAGAGGACAGAGGGAUGGACAGAGUACAGAAGGAUGAGCAGAGGACAAGCGCUGAUACACUCACCCUUGAGGUGUGUUUCUGUAAGUCUUCAGCUCAGCUGCUGCAACUGUCAAGUCAACGCCGCAUGACCAGCUUGGGAAGACGGAGGCCUGCCGCAGGGAGGGAGGGGCAGGACAAGAGAACAAAAGCAGACUGAGAACCAGAAUGACUGAUAGCCAUCUCUGUGAAGUCCUUCGUGUCUCAACCACCAAACUUUCUCCUGAAAUGUCAGCCAUCCUUCAAUCCAAAGGACAGCAUCACUGCUCCCACUGAGUGCAAUGUUCUUCACAUUAUAGUGAUCCAUUGUGCGCGUAGAGCCAGGGCACCACAGAUCCACAGUGCUCCUUAGCCUGUGUAUCACAUGUUGCCGGCCCAGAUACCCCUAGGUCUGAUGCCGGUUACAUUUUGGGGGCUCGUCCGGGAUCAUCUAGCAUCACAGCUGGGUGAAGUGAGUGCCAAGACAGUGUGAAACUCCUGUCCAAAGCUUCAGGGAAGGCUGUAUUCCAGUACGUCAUCCAGAGAGCUGAGGCCACCUGUGUCACCAUGUCCACUGUCACACCACGGCGAAUGCUGAUCUACAAUAUCCAAAAGAGACUUUCUGGCUUGAGUAUAAGUCACUUAAUGACAGUUGCAAGUUCAGUUGAGGAUGGCGGUGUAGUGCGCAGCGUGGACCACCUGAGUGAACCAGAGCUGUAUGAUCUGAUCGUUGACUACCUAAGAAGUGAUAAGUUGAAAACCCUGGAGGAUGAAGGCAUGGCCCAACUCCUUCUCCUGGAUGACAUGCUGAGUGACCUGCUUACCACCGACACCGAAGAAGUUGAAGCCAGUCAGGGUAUGCCCCCUGCAACAGGAGCUGUGAUGACCAAUCUACAGGGAUGUUCCACUCCACCUCCCCCUGACUACAACCAUUCCGACCAACCUCCAGCAACACCAGCCGUAGAUAUUCCCAUCCCUUCAUUGAAUUUGAACAGUGACACUCCCAUUCUGCCACCCUCACUGCCUGACCGAAAUGCGUGUCCAGCUGAAGGGGACAGGGACCCUCACUCGCUUCCAUCACUUGCGAGAAGGAGCAGCAGUGUGCCACCUACUUAUCCCUCCUCCACAGCAUCAGUCAAGUCACCCACAGCAGGUGUCAUUGGUGCUUCCCUUGGUGGAGUGAGUCAGUCUUCCAGUGUCGGAGACCAGGUAUUGAGGUUGACUGAUGUUACAGCUCUGCUCCCACGCAGAGAGUUUAAGUUGCAUGGUGGACAAAUCACUGAUGUUGGUUCAGAUAUGUCUUACAGUAACCUUUGCCAACAAAUGGAUGAAGGGUUACAAGAAGGUUUUACUGAGUCGGAAGUAAUUCGUACUGUGAUUAGGAUCGUAAAACCUGGUGCAUUCAGGGAAAUGUUUACUCAUAAAGGUGGCUUAACUGUGAAUGAACUAAAGCGGUUUCUUUGCGCACACAUCAGGGACAAAAACAGUACAGAACUCUUUCAAGAGUUAAGUAAUGCUAAACAGCAAGACAAAGAGAGCCCACAGCAGUUCUUGUACAGGAUAAUGGGUUUGAAACAGCGUGUUCUCUUUGAGUCACAACAGCCUGAUGCUGAGUUUAGCUAUGACAAAAAGCUUGUUCAGGGUACCUUUCUCCACACGCUUUACCAAGGGUUAAAUGAGAAAAGCACUCAUGUUCGACAUGAUCUCAAACCCCUUCUUACAGAGUUACAGGUUACUGAUGAUUUUCUCUUAGACCAAAUCACCAAGUCUACUAGUGAGGAGGCAGAGAGACUGAAACGUCUUGGUACCGUAGCUAAAACUCGACCAGUGACUGUAAGCACAGCUCAGCUUGACAGUAGUGACCCAGCUAAGCAGGUUAAAGUUGACACUGAGUUACAGGCUAAUCGUUCUGCUAUUAAAGAACUGACUGCACAGGUGUCCUCACUGACCAAACAUCUGGCCCAGAUGGUGAAACCUUUUGACAACAUGACACCUGUGAACCUCUGCAAACCAGUGGCUCAUCCUCCGGUACCAACAGCUGAGACCCGGGGCAGGUGCAGUGACUGUGUACAACAGAGCAAGGUGAACUGCCCUCACUGUUUUGCUUGUGGUCAAGCCGGACAUCGGGCCAUUGGUUGUCUGCAAAAGAAGAUGUCGGGAAACGGGGUGAGGUCACUGGAAAGGGGCAGCCAGUGACCACAAUAGCCAGUGGGCCCCCGGCACCGGCUAGCCACUCAAAAACAGCCAACCCUAAGAGGGUAAAUACACCAUGUCAACCACAACCAAAGAAACGUCUAGCGCAACUGAUAGGGAACCGAUGUAUGGUUUCAUGUGCUGUUGAUGGAGUCCCUUUCCAGAUGUUACUUGACUCAGGGGCUCAAGUGACGAUGGUGGGGAGAGCCUGGUUAGAAGAAACACUUCCUCAUGUCCAAAUUAAUCCGCUUGAAUCCCUACUGUCUGACCGACAGUUGGAGAUUACUGCAGCUAAUGGCACAGAUGUUCCCUUUGACGGGUGGGCAGAUGUUGAACUCCAGCUCUGUAGCAAGAGUCAUGGGCAUGUCACCAUACAAGUACCCUUACUAAUCAGUCAAAACUUUCUUAACUGUCCUCUCCUAGGCAGUAAUGUCAUAGCUGAGAUAAUUGAAUCACACAAAGAACACAGAAGUGAGACUGACAUUUCUGCUUUACUCAAGGAAGCUUUAAGUAUCAAUGACAGUGCAGUGGAUGCUCUUGUUUCUGGUGUUCAGAUUUUGACCCCUGAUGAGAUGACUCCUGAGUAUAGCCUCAGAACUGGGAAGAGAGGUGUAACUAUUCCAGCAGGGCAGAUUUAUGAGGUUAAAUGUAGAGUCAGAGAAUGGCGAAGGUGUGGUGCAAUGCUUUUUCAACCCAAUGUAGUGAGUAGCUGCCCUGAGGGACUAGAGCCAUUUCCUGCGUUAGUGGAUGUUCCCAGUGGGUCAACGAAAACUGUUAAAAUCCCUGUUCAGAACCCUACAAAACAUGAUAUCUACCUCCCCAAGAGAAUAGUUCUAGGUACAUUGGUGGAAGUUACUGAGGUGAAACCAGUUAACUGUUUGCCCGGUGAUUCAGAGCCCAUUUACCAUCCCACUGUAAACUCGGCUCAACAAAGUACAGACA